AGAAGAGUUUCGUUCCGUUGUUCUACUAGAAGGGAGAAAAAGAAAGAGAAAAGAACCGCUAGGAACAGAAAAAAGGCCCGUUUAAACAACACAAAGUUAAUCGGAUUACUGAACCUAAUUUACAGUUGUCCUCAGAAAAUAUAGCUUCAUUAUUUUUUCUACUGAGCCCCCGCAUUUCAAGUGAUAAUCAGUAAAUUCUAUUUGACAAGAUGGCGACCAAAGCUGUGUUGAGGUCUAUCAAGAAUGUCACCAAUGGCUAUUCUUCGGCUCAGAUUCUGGUUCGUGAGUGCACCUCCAAUGACCAGUCAAGUCCAACUAUCACUCAGAUGUCUGCGGUAGCAGACUUGACGUACAAGAAUGGCACAUUCCAAGACGUGAUGGAUAUCAUUGACAGAAGAUUGAACGAUAAGGGCAAGAACUGGAGACAUGUUGCUAAGGCGUUGACAUUAUUGGAUUACUUGGUCAGGUACGGUUCCGACGAUGUUGUGAUCUGGGCGAAGGACAACUUGUAUAUCAUCAAGACAUUGAGGGAAUUCAACGUCAAGGACUUCAGUGGUAACGACCAGGGUUCGAUUAUUAGGGUGAAGGCUAAAGAGUUGACCGGCCUUUUGCAAGAUGACGAAAGACUAAAACAAGAGAGAGACGCUGCCGCUAAGUCCGGCUCGAGAGGAAGAAAGAAAGGCGGAAGCGUCAGAGGUGGCAGACGUACUGGAAGGUCUUCUCCGGAUGACGAGAUUUACGACGAGGACCUACAAAGAGCGUUGGAGAAAUCGAGAAUGACUGCGGAAGAAGAAGAACGAAGAAGAAGAGACCAGUCCGACGAGAGUCUUGAAAGGGCAAUCCAGCUGUCAUUAGAAGAAGAAGAAAUGAGGAAAAAGAACCAGAACUUGCUAAACUUAGACGAUGAUGCCAAUGCACCUGACGUUUAUGGUUUCUAUCAACAACAGCCGCAGCAACAGGAUCCCAACCAAGGCCAGAUUAUAGGUUACGACAUGUUUGGUAACCCUGUCUACGGGAACCAGCCAAUGGCUACAGGUUAUCUUGAAAACGCUUAUCAGGAUCUAGCAGCUCAGCAGUUGGCAGCUCAGCAGUUGGCAGCUCAACAGCAGCAAGCCCUGUAUUUACAGCAACAACAACAACUCUACCAACAGCAACUGGCGGCUGCUGCCAACCAGGAAGUUCCAAUGCAGACGGGCUCGAACAAUCCGUUUGGCCAGCAACAGCUCUUCCUGCAGCAGCAACAACAGCAGCAGCAACAACAGCAGCAACAAGAGAUGCUUCAACAGCAACAGAAGGAGGCAGAAGAGGCCAAGAGAAGAGAAGAAGAGCUGAAGAAACAACAGCUAUUAUUACAACAACAACAACAACAGCUGUUAGAACAACAACAAAGAGUUCAGCAACUCCAACAACAAGCGCAGUCUCCAAUCAAACCUACCAACACUGGAAGCCAAAAGAUAAACCAACAAUACUCCGAACUCAACCAAUUACUUGCUGAGGGUACCGGUAUCGAUACCUUUGGUAAUGUUGGAGACGCCAGAAUUCCAGCCCAGUUCACCAAAACGGGCACGUUCAUCAACUCGCAAGGUACUGGUUUCAAGCAGGUUUCUUCUCAAGGCAACCCAUUUUUGGACACGCAGUUCACCGGGGUUGGAAACGCUACACCAACAGGGAUUGUUCCUUCCGAAACAGGCUACGGUUUUGGCAACCAGCAGCACCAAAGGAACAACGGAAACCCAAACAGCUUGAUCGAUUUGUAAUGAACUAAGCACACCAUACUUGUUAAAGCGUGUCGCUAUAGCUUAACUGCCUUUCUAUGUAUUCCUUCAUAUUUUCUUUAUGUAUCUUUUUUCUUAUUUACACUUUUGAAUACUUGCAAUAAUGUGACAGUGUCCGAUAAAUUUAGACGUGCGCAG